ACUACUGUUUUCUUCAUUGAGAACUCGAAAUAGAUUCGCUGCAGUAAAUUACUGCCUAUUAUUCUAUUGGAUAAAUCAAUAGUACAAAGCAUGAUGUGUUUGUGUGAGUGUAAUAAUUGUUCAUCUACCUGUCUAUGUUUGCGAGUGUGGGGUACAAUCAACUGAAAAACCUUUCGAUUUCGUUCAAGGGUGGGGAUUGUAAUUCUUUAAAAACUCUAGUCAAUAAAAAGCUUCAACAUAAUCAAUCAUCACAUCAACUAGAGAAUAAGUCAUUCAUUGUCGUCGGUCAACGAUCUCUUCAUUCAACUAGCCAGACUCUCCAUUUUUGGAAAUAAUGGAUGACCUCACGAAAGAUCAGGUUUCAUUGCUGCAAAAAGCAUUCAAUGCUUUUGAUCAUGAUAAGAAGGGUUACAUCAGCUGUGAUAUGGUUGGAACAAUUCUGGAAAUGUUGGGCCACAAGCAGACACAAUCCAGUCUCAUAGAUAUUAUUGAACAAGUGGAUGUCGACGGUUCAGGUGAGCUGGAGUUUGAAGAGUUUUGCGAGUUGGCAUCAAAAUUUUUAGUGGAAGAAGAGGAUGCGGAAGCCAUGGAGCAAGAACUGAGAGAAGCUUUCCGUCUUUAUGACAAAGAAGGUAAUGGUUACAUAACAACUGACGUGUUGAGAGAAAUUCUGACUGAACUGGAUCCCAAUAUUUCUGAUGAUGAUUUGGACAUGAUGAUAGAGGAAAUUGAUUCUGACGGAUCAGGAACGGUGGACUUUGAAGAAUUUAUGGAGGUGAUGACUGGCGAAUAAUUUGGCUGCUAAUGGAUUUUAUGAUGAGAGAUACUCACUUGAUGCAUUCAUGAAGAUACUGUUCUUCAAUUACGAUAAUUUUAAAUUGUAGUUUUAGAUAUUUAUCAAUUUUUAUGUACGAUUUUCAUUAUUUUAUGUUUUAUUAUGGUUUUUUGUUUCUCUUAUGAUGUUCAUCCAAUGUUCUGUGAUAAAAAAUAUGUUUCACUCUCAA